ACCCACCCGCACACUUGCUGACAUCAACGAUUUCUUCGGUGGUUCCCCUCUUGUCCUCCUUCUCUACCUUCAACACCAUGCUCUCACGUCGUGCUUGUGCCAGCGUGCGCGGCAGGCUGAUCCCACAACCAAUUGUCACUGUCCGCACGCGAGCUUUUGGUGCUACAACUGCGGCGCAGAGUCCUGCGCGAGCUCCCGCACUUGCCGACAUCACGCCAGAUAAUGCGGCCAGUUUCAACGAGAAGCAAAAGAAGUUCCGCGAUGGCCUAGUAGCAGCCCAGAAGCGAAAGGAGCAGGAGGAGAAAGAAGCUCGCGCCCGUGAGCAUGAGAAUGCCAAAAAGAAGGGUGGUGCAUUAUCGUCCCUCAUCUACGGCACACCCGAAGGUCGCGAGCUUGACAAGGAUAUCGAGCGCAGCUUCUCGCAGGUCUUAGCCCGCGGCAAGUACGUUCACUCAAUCGUCUUCCACGAGGUCAAGCAGGAAAACGUUGAAGAGUACACUGAGUUGGUUGGCGGCUGGUAUACCAAGAUGGCCUCGAUUCCCGAGAACAAGGUCCAUCUCGUAGGUAGCUGGAGGACCGAAGUUGGCGACUGCAACACCUUUGUGCACAUCUGGGAAUACCAGCGCUACGAAGGAUACCACGAGUCGCUACACAACAUCCAGUCGCACCCUGAAUUCCCCGCCUUCGAUGCCAAACUGAAGAAGUUGAUCUCUGGCAAGCGCAAUUCUCUUAUGCAAGAGUUCUCUUUCUGGCCGACUACACCACCGCGCCAGCUUGGUGGCAUCUUCGAACUACGCUCGUAUACACUGCACCCAGGCAACUUGCUAGAGUGGGAGACACACUGGCGACGUGGGCUGAAGGCCCGACGAGAGGUCAUGGAAGGUGUUGGUGCUUGGUUCGUCCAGAUCGGCGACCUCAACACAGUGCAUCAUCUAUGGCAGUUUGCCAACCUCGAGGAACGCAAGAUUCGUCGUGAACAAAGCUGGAGCGUGGAAGGGUGGGGCGAGACGGUGCACAAGACGGUACCACUUAUUCAAACCAUGAAGAGCAGCAUCCUCAUUCCCUGCUCCUGGAGUCCUGUGGCUUGAGCUGUACCCAAUGGAAGCCGAACAUGACUCGAAUUUAACAUUUUACGGGACGAGAAUGCAAUAAUCGCGCAGAAACCAGAUCUUGCUCUCCCAGCCCGAACAAUACUCAUCACUGGGCCUCAGAAGGACAGAAGCCUUCUUGGUCCAUGAACUGAUCAAGGUAUCACUCAAUCGCAGGACUGAGGGGGUGCGGUAGCUCGGUCUAACUUUGCAAAUAUUAUGGUUUGAUACAAUUUAUUUAUUGAAAACAUACUUUAGUCACCAUGCUGGUCGGCUUGAAUUCAG